AUUCCACCGUCGCGGGCGUCAAUUUACGUACAUCGGACAGAAAUUUAAGCCUAAGUAGCAAGAAUAUCACACGUUGAAUUCAACUUCCGCGGUUCCGAGUCUACAACUUGGUACGUUGGAGUUCCCCAGAGCUCCAAUUACACCAACCGAUUUCUUCAACAAUGGCCUCAGUUCUUCGGUUAUACAAUGCCGCUCUCAUCCGAAGACCCGUAUUGGCACAGUCCGCCACUGCUGCCGUUUUAUUUGGCGCAGGUGAUGUGAUCGCGCAGCAAGUCAUCGAGCGCCAGGGCAAGAAUCAUGAUUUCAUGCGCACUGCACGCCUCACUUUUUAUGGAGGAGCGUUCUUUGGGCCAGCCUUGACAAAAUGGUAUCAACUUCUGAACCGCAUCAAGUUCUCCAGUCCUACGAAGGCUGUGAUAUAUCGUGUCUGGCUGGACCAGGCGGUCCUGACUCCUGUGGUUGUCGGAUUCUUCUUCGGCACAAUGAGUAUCAUGGAGGGAAAGGGUAUCUCUGGUGCAAAGGAACGCAUUAGUACUGCGUAUGCUCCAACUUUAAUUCGUAACUGGGGCGUCUUCAUUCCCACCCAAAUCAUCAACUUCGCUAUCGUACCGCAUCACCUCCGCUUUGUUGUCGUGAGCGUCGUCAGCUUGUUUUGGAACACGUACCUCAGCGCUGUCAAUGCCAGUUCACAGCACCAGGAAGUAAUCGAAUCAGGCAAAAGCACCGAGAAGUAGCACGAUCGUAAUUCGUGCGCCUCCCACCAGCAUGUGUAUAUGAACUAGACCAUCGGCACUGCCAUCCCACAUAGAGAUCUUUUGUUCUUUUUGCUGAAGCGUUCAGAAUGCCUACUGAAGUUUAAGGUGAAUAACCAUCGUAGUGAAUGACUCAAGUAUUGGCACUGCGCACGCACUUGUUCUUAGAAUGGACCAAGCGGAAGUAUGUGCAUGAUGCGAUACAGCUUCCGUGACGCGCCGCUGCGAGCUGUCUUGACU